CUUACCUCCAACAUCCAACACGGGCCCCGUCCCAUCACGCCACGCGCUAUUCGAGACACGCGCUACCUCAGCACAGGCAGACAUAUAGCUGAGAAACGGAUCGAACAAGGCGCACCGCAACCUCGUCCGACCUCUCCUCCCACCGCACCAACCCAUAAUGUCCUCCACCACCUCCGACCCGACCCUCUCGUCGUCCUUCGCAACCCUUCCCUCGGACAGCGAAAACUAUUCGACCUCGCCCGACGCUGCAGCCUCACCCGACGCCCCGCCCAGCGACACGUCGACCUCGUCGCCGCUGAUCCUCUACAAGCCGCCCACACUAUGGGGCCUACUCCGCGGCGCCGCGAUUAAUCUGCUUCUGCCGUUUGUCAACGGGCUGAUGCUGGGGUUUGGUGAACUGGUUGCGAAUGAGGCGGCGUAUAGGCUGGGGUGGAGUGGGACGAAGAUCUUUCCUACGCACCGCGCUGGCGGCGGACAUCGUGUGGGCCCAGGCGUGGAGAUGCGCGCGGAUCCUGUGGAGCGGAGGCGGAGAGAUGGCGAGGAGUUGGACAUGUACACGUCGUUGGAGUAGAAGUAGGAGCAUCAUGCUACAGGAUGGACGUCUGAGGGCAUGAGGUCGCCACGGCGCAGCGGUACAGCCACGGCGGGCGGGCUGUGAAGAAAGGCGCUGCAAGGCGGAGGAACACAAUCACUGUAGUUGUACAUAUUACACAUUGCGCGCGCGUCUGGGACAACGUACGCGCUAGAUUUCACCAGGGAAGCAUACACAUGCAAUUGAACAUUUUGCACUUGAUCCC